AAACCCUCCUGGUCCCGCCGACGAAAAUAAAAUCAGUUUGCCCUAAUAACCAAAACCUCCCUCCCCACCUUAGUCGCUUUGUCCUUCACAAAACGGCAGAGCAAAACAAUGAGGAGCGCAUACAACGGCGGCGGCUCAAUGGGAGGACGCCCUGCCGGAACCGGCGGCGGCGGUAAAUCGUCAGCACCAGUAGUAGACAAAGAAGUAGACUACGCUAAUUACUUCUGCACAUACUCGUUCCUCUACCACCAGAAAGACAUGCUCUCCGACCGUGUCCGUAUGGACGCUUACUUCAACGCCGUCUUCGAGAACAAACACCACUUUGCCGGCAAGACGGUGUUGGACGUUGGAACAGGGAGUGGGAUUCUUGCGAUUUGGUCAGCUCAAGCUGGUGCUAGGAAAGUUUAUGCCGUUGAAGCUACUUCCAUGGCUGAUCAUGCUCGUUCUCUUGUCAAGGCUAACAAUCUUGAACAUGUUGUUGAGGUGAUUCAAGGUUCUGUCGAAGAUAUCUCUUUGCCUGAGAAAGUUGAUGUGAUAAUCUCGGAGUGGAUGGGCUACUUCCUUCUGCGGGAGUCCAUGUUUGAUUCUGUGAUUUGUGCUCGUGACCGUUGGUUAAAGCCCACCGGUGUCAUGUACCCAAGUCAUGCUCGCAUGUGGCUUGCACCUAUCAAAUCCAAUAUGGCAGAUCGGAAGAAGAAUGAUUUGGAUGGGGCCAUGGCGGAUUGGGAUAACUUCUCUGAUGAGAUCAAAACCUACUACGGUGUUGAUAUGAGCGUUUUGACUAAACCUUUUGCUGAAGAGCAAGAAAAGUAUUACAUACAGACGGCUAUGUGGAAUGACUUGAACCCACUUCAAGUGAUAGGCACACCCGCAAUUGUCAAAGAGAUGGAUUGUUUGACAGCCACUGUCAGCGAAAUCGAGGAGGUCAGAUGUAAUGUAACGUCAGUCAUCAAUGGACAGAACACAAGGCUGUGUGGUUUUGGUGGAUGGUUUGAUGUUCACUUCCGGGGGCGAAAAGAAGAUCCUGCCCAGCAAGAGAUCGAGUUGACAACAGCUCCAAGUGAACAGCAUUGCACGCAUUGGGGACAACAGGUUUUCAUUAUGGCCAAGCCUAUAAAUGUUGAAGAAGGUGAUAAUCUGAACCUUGGUUUGGUAAUGAGCCGGUCAAAGGAAAACCACAGACUAAUGGAGGUGGAGCUUGAAUGUGAGAUAAAAGAGCCUUCUGGCAACCUUAAGGAGUCUUUCAAGAAGAUUUAUUUCAUAGAAUGAUUAUUACAGAAACUGGUCUGAUGAGCUCUUUUCCAUGGGGUUCUUGUAUCCAAUGCAUGAACCCUCAUGUAGUGUUGUACUAUUUACUUCCAACUUCUUUUUUUUCAUGUAACGAGCAAUUUACAUUGGUAACUUAAAACUGUGUCUUUACAAGACUUUAAAAACAGAUUUUGAUAGUAUUUUAGUGAAGCUUGCUAGACUGUUAGCUUUGAUUCAA